UCUACAUUGUCCUUGAUUUAGUUUGUCUUUCUUAUCGAAAGCAUUCAGUACAAGGAGUGAUCUCGAAAGUCUUCACCAUGGAAAGACUUCAUCACUGGUUAUCGCAAGUGUUGUUAUUAGCAGUAUUUUUAGUCAAGGAUGGACUUUCUAACUCUCCUUGUUAUUUUUAUCCAAAACAUGGCGUUAUACAAAACUGGUACCCCGACGGACAUUUCUCGGAAUCUACGCACAAUGACAAGCACCACUGGCAUUAUGAAAACAGUUACAGUUAUCAAUAUAACAGUCAAGGCAAAAGAAGCGUCUUGGUGAAAAGAUCAGAUCGCCAUGCAAAGUACUGCCAGCAUACCGGUCAACAUCAUCAGGAAGGCGGUAAACAUCAUAUUCGGGUUUACGAUUUCCAUAGUCAAAAUCAUAUAUGGGUUGAUGUUACUGGCGGACAUUGUGGGUCUCAUGAUUGUUGUGAAAGUGGUCAACCUGUGUUUAAUUACUGUCAGUCAAGUCCGUGUCAUAAUGGAGGUCACUGUAACAAUCACAAUACUGGAUUUACAUGUCAGUGUAGGAAUGGUUAUCAUGGAUAUAGAUGUGAACAUGCAACAACGGUGAUCUCAUACUCAUACAAAAACAGAUAUUAA